UCCCGUAGUCCGAGCGGCGCAGAAAAGCGACGAGAGGGGGCGGGGCUUGGAGACCUCCUCCAGCCUCGGGCCGAGACCGGAGGGAUGUUCCCUGCUCAGGAGGAGGCCGACAGAACGGUGUUUGUGGGGAAUUUAGAGGCCCGAGUACGGGAAGAGAUUCUUUACGAGCUGUUCCUUCAGGCUGGGCCAUUAACCAAAGUGACUAUAUGCAAAGACAGAGAAGGAAAGCCGAAGACUUUUGGAUUUGUCUGCUUUAAGCACCCUGAAUCGGUGUCUUAUGCCAUAGCUUUGCUGAAUGGAAUACGUUUAUAUGGAAGACCAAUUAAUGUACAGUAUCGAUUUGGGAGCUCUCGCUCUUCUGAACCAGCUAACCAAAGUUUUGAGAGCUGUGUUAAGAUAAAUUCACACAGCUACAGAAAUGAAGAAGUUGCGGCCAGAUCUUCCUUUCCCAUGCAGUUCUUUCCAAUUAACAGUGCAGUUUUACCUCAAGAAUAUUUUUUCCUUCAGAAGAUGCAGUGGCAUGCCUAUAAUCCAGCCCUGCAGCUGCCUUACUAUGAGAUGGCAGCACCACUUCCUAAUAGCACGUCUGCAACGUCUUCACUAAAUUGUGCUCCAGAUCUGGAGGCUGGACCCAGCUCUUACGAAUGGACUCACCAACAGCCCAGUGACCCUGACCUUUAUCAGACGAAUAAACGAAAGAGGCAAAAACAAACCAGUGACAGCGAUAGUAGCACAGAAAACAAGAGGGGAAAUGAAUAUAGCCAAAAGUUCCAAAAGUGAAGAAAGGCUGGAGGAGUAGGAUUGGCUUUUAGAAUACCAUCCCAAAGAACUGAUGGAACAUCAACUGAACUACUCAGGUCUGUAGUCAAAGCUCGGUUUAAAGUGUCCAUAUUGUACCUCUAUUUUCCAUUUCUAUACAUCCUAGUAAAGCUAGUUACAUCAGAAUUAAGAGCCUCUCAUUAAUUUAUUAAGAAAUGUGAAUUAAUAGUCUGGGUUUGAUUUGGGGUAAAAUGAGGACUAAUAUAUAAAUCUCUACAGAAAUUAUAUUUUAAUGCAGAAAAUUCAAAGGACAUCUUUUUAACAAAGGAUGAUGUCUGCUUCUAUGCCUCAAGCCUGAGGAAGUUCAGUGAGCACAACUCCAGUUUGCAUUAGUGAUGAUGUUAUUUGAUCAGAAUGCGUCCUACGGGGUCACAUGAUACCGCAACUGUGGACUAAGUCUAUUACCAGUCAUGCCCAACCUGCAAAAAUUACUUCAGGUGCCUGCAGAAACUGCCUUAGCAGGUGAAAUCAAGUAGUCUGUUAUCUGGUUCCCUGUAAAAUUUCCUUUCCAGCAUCCAAUACCAUCUUGUCAUAAUAUUAACAGGUUUUAUAAGGAUUAAGAAACACAUGUGCUACUUGCAUUGUAAUUAGAAAACCUAAACAGUAUGUAAGGAUAGACAGUCAUAUAUUUCCUGUGUUAUAAGCUCUGGGAAUAAUUGGCACCCAACAAGCUUACAUAAUAUUAUCUGCUGCAAGGAACCUGGAUCCAACAAUCCCUGUUUCAACCACUUGACCUUGUUUGGGGAGCUUAAUGAAUGAAAACAUGCUUUAAAUGAAUACUGUUGGUCAGUCCAACACACUAUUUGAAACCUGGUAAUUAUUGUCUUUGCUUCUAUUUCUACAUGAGACAAUUAGUAAUAUCCUGGAUAGGAAAAUAACUCUCGCCCCAGCUGCUUGCCCCAGGCUGAUAACAAAUCUUCAUUGAUUUUAUCCCACCUCCAAGUUAAUCACAAGGGAAACAUUGCAGACUCUCCUGCAUGCCAAUCAAAACCCUGGGAGUUACUCUAGACAGUGCCCUUCACUCCAUUUCUAAGUGGUCAUUAACUCCUCAUUGUGACCUUGCUCAGGUUCUUUUCAUUUCCUGCUUGGAGUAUUCAUUAAAGCAAAGCAAUCAACGAGGAAUGAUUAUCAUUCCAAACACAGAUUUUGGUGCUGAGGCCACAGCGUCACUGGAAAAGUUUGAUCCCAACAUUCAAAGAGUUUAUGAUUUUUCAGCAGAGAUGGACAGUUAGGAAGGUGAUUUCAGGAUAAUGCUGCAACAAUAGAGGUAAACACAGAAUGCAAUGAUGGGAGGGCAUGAGAGUCUCCAUUCCUCAAGAAAAUUAAUCCUGGGAGGAAGAAAGGAAAAGAAAACCUGAAUACACACACACACAAAAAGGAUAUCCAGGAGUCCAACAGUUUUCUAUCCUGACUCUCAACUGUCUUCACAUUUUUAGCCCUGCUUUUCACCCAUCCUUGGAAGAGUGUCUCCAAGUAUUAAAUCUGUACAAGUAAAAUGGCUUGCCUCUUGUCAGUAUCACCCCAACCUCUUAAGGAUACAGGAACUUGGGUUAUGAUGAUAAUUUUUUUUUUUUAAAAAUCAUGUUCUUAUGGAACAGUCUAGUGGAAAGAGAAUAAAUAAAUAACAUACAAAGUUAGAUGUUAACUGAUAACUGCUGAGGAAAAUGAUUUUUUUUUACAGGAAAUGUUUAGGGAUUAAAAACUCAAAGCAGGAGGGAAAGUAAGCCAUGUGCAUAUCUGAGGGAAGAACUCCAGGCAGAGGAAACAGCAGAUGCAAAGGCCCCAUGGAAGAAAGGGAAGGAAGGUAAUAUGGGGGAGGAGGUUGAUCACAGGUGAGAUGUGAGCAGAAGAUAAUGGGAACUCAGGCCAUUGUAACAACUUGGACGUCUUGUGGAUGGGGUGUGGGGACAAGUUCUGACAUACCAAGACUAUUGAAGUUACCCAGUCAAGAGAAGAUGGUUGUUUAGCUCAAAACAGUAGCAAUAGAAGUGGUCAGAUUCUAGAUGUAUUUUAAAGGUAAAGCUGACAAUUCACUAAGCAUUCUAAUCCUGGGAAAGAAGGGUCAACAAUGACUCCAAGUUAUCAUUUAUUGAUAUGGGCAAAACUAUGGAGGAGCAAGUUUUGGAGCAGAACCUGGAGCAGAAUUUUGGACAUGUUAAUUAUGAUUUGUGUAUCAAAAAUCUAAUAGAUAUCAAGAAAUUUGUAUAUAUAGGUCUGGAGUCCAGGGGAAAGGUCAAGGUUGAAGAUUUAAACAUUAGCAUUAUUGGCAUAUCAAUGGUAUUUCAAGUCUCAAGACUGGAUAAGAUCAUCUAAGAAGUGUGUGUAGAUAGGAGAUGAGCCCCAAAGUUUGUGCCCUGAGUAUUGCCAGUAUUUUGUACCUUAGGGAGAUGAGGAAGAACCCCCCGUAGAAUGACAAGCAGAACAUGGUGUCUGGGAAUCCAAGGGAACAAAGUGUUUCCAGAAGGAAAAAAUAAUUAGUUGUGUCAAAUGUUAUCGAUAGGUCACGGGAGACAGGGACUCAGAAUCGGUCACUGGAUUUAGCAAUGAUGCUUCAUAUAAGACAUUCUGGGUGAAUGAUCCUGGCAAGAGCAUGAUCAGAGCGGUUCCAAGUGAGGAUAGAGGAAAUAACUGAUGGACUGCAAGAAGAGAUAACUUACUCAAAUUUCUUGCUGUGAAAGGGAGGAGAGAUAUAGGACCAUAACUCAAGGAAGGCACGUGAUGAAGAGAGAUUUUUGUGGGUUUUUAGUUUUCUUAAAGAUCUGGAGAAUGCCUAAAAUUUUGUUAUUGUCCCUUUUCCCAGUCUCUGCUGCUAAAAUACUCCUUUUCUUUUUUCAGUAUGUCAGUAUGUCAGGUUUAAAAAAAAGUUCUUACUGAUUUUCAAAUCCUCUUUUACCUUAAGAAAAUUUGCUCUUUGUUAUAUAUAUGUAAAUAACUUUCUGGUUUAUUUUUUCUGUUUUCUUGCCAGAGCAGGAGGUUUUAAUUGUCAUAUAGUUAAUAUAUUGUCAUACAUAUUAGUCUUUCUUACAGUUUGGGUUUUUUUUUUCCCCAGAGAGCCUUUCACAAUCAAAGAUUAAGAGAAAAUCUAUUGUGUUUUCUUUUAGAAUUUUGCCAAAUUCAAUUUUACAUAUAAAUCUUGGAUCAUGGAGUGCUUUAUGAGGAUAUAAAGAUCAAAUCUUUAGAUUUUUGUACAACAUAAACAAUUUUGAGUUUCUUUCUGAAUGCUUGCCUGAAGAUUUUUUUAUAUUAAAAUAGCAAUGGUGUUCCUGUGUUAGGUAAUCCUGUAAAGGAUACAAUCCUGAGGGAAGGAUUGAAUUCUCCCACUGACUCAAUUUAUUGCCGCCACCCAUUGUAAUGGGAGUGUGAAACAGAAAUUAAGUUGAAGAGAUGCCAGCCUUUUACAUAAAAUAAAUAGUACAGGGACGCCUUAGUGGCUCAGUCGUUAAGCAUCUGCCUUCUGCUCAGGUCAUGAUCCCAGGGUCCUGGGAUCGAGCCCCACAU